UGAGAAGGCAAGUAUAGGUAAGUAUAGGCUCCAAUGUGGUGCUGAGGCUACUUCGUCUUCGAUGUCACAGGUGUGGCUAGGUGUGAUUGGUUACCGACUGGACGGUAACGAAUGAUCCUGGUACGGGCUAGUUCCUAAAUCAGCCACUAAGAACUCGUGGUCAAUGUGGUCAAUGUGCAGUGCCACCGUCCUAGGCGCUAAGCGCUGUGCUGCAACAUCCAUGAUCCGCUUUUCCACCCCCGCCUGUACCAUGAUACCGCAAUACUUGCAGCUUUUUAACCCCCUUCUUGUUCGCACUGUACUUAUGUACGCUUCUGAUGUCCAUACAAAGUCGCAUACAAAUCGGUUUGAGACGCAUGAGUGGGCCCUCUCAUCCGUCUCCUCCGGCUUCCCGUCAUUUGAUCGAUGUCCCGUCGGCAUGUCGCAAUCUCUUAACAUCUUCCUGCACCGUCAAGCCAUCCGCUUCUCCUUUGGGGUCUUGCGCGACGCUUCGUGCAGAGCCGGUCGAGUAAGACGGCAAAGACCUUCAUCCCAGCAGUCCAGGAGGAUCGUAACGCAUCAUAUAAUAUAUCGUCCCGUACGGUCGGGUCGGACAGCACAUCGUCUAGGACCUCUCUUCUACCUAUCCGCUACCUCGAACGCACAAUUUGUACAAAUGUCUUCGGCUCUAAGCGGGAGCCGGAGGGAUAGUUCGCCCACAUCUGGAUCGUAUCACCGUCCGUCCGAGGGUUCAUUGGCAGGCAGAUAGUCGCCGAGUUGCCAUGCGGGAUAACCGACUAUCACACUCCCGACUUUUCAAGAGACCUGGUCAAUUUUGUCUUAACCUACCAUUUGGGGGCUUAGUCUUAAUAAUUGCGACCCGAGACCCGACCAGAAAUAAAAAAGUACCCGACGGUUUUAGACCCCAAUCCCCGCCUUGUUUUUUUCUCUUUUCUUCCUCUUGUCACGCAAUGCGAGAUAUGGUAUGGUCGGAAGUUGCGAAUUGCCCAUCUGACAUACCGCAUAUUUGAUCUGUCUUCUAAGUAUAGGAACGGAGAUAGUAUAAUGUAUGGAGAAGAUAGCCAAAAAGAAGAAUAUCCCAAUUUAUAGCGGUUAUAGGAUGAGCGUUGGCUUGCUAACAACUCUAACCUUAUACAUAGUUCAUUAGGCUGAAAACUGAGAUGAAUAGUUUAUCUAGCGGAUCUCAGUAGGCGGUAUGUAUCCCAGGACGAUUUUCCCGUUUGUGGGCCUGUGGGACAGUCCGUGGUUCUAAUGUCGUACACGUAAUAAAGGUAGGCAGGUAGGCCAGGUUAGUGAACUCUAGCGGUUCUUUUGAUUUGACGAGAUCCGUUCGAAGUAGGUACUGGCAUAGCAAUUGCGGGAAUUGGGUCAAGAACUACCUUAGUAUUCUGCGGUACUCCCUGAGAUACAUCUUUUUUGCAA